AUGCGCCAGCCUCAUGACCUCGAGCCGACAAGACGGGGGAGCCAUCAGUUGUGUCCCGUGCCAGUGGCAGGGUUUACCCUCUAUAAUAACUGCCCCUUGACGAUGAAGUGCGGAUGUACUAGCGCCCCCACAUCCCCAAGAGCAGGUGCACGGCGCCCUUUUCAAAGCUCAGAAACGCAAACUAAAAUUGCACACCUCCGCUCUCGGCAGACAGGAUCCCUCCCGGAUCAGACCCAGGCAAGCAUCCCUGAUGGAAGAACCUCGCCACCUGGAUCCCCGAUUCAGAACACAGCUGCUAAAGGGAAUCCCUCAGGAAGGCCUCCAUUUUUCUGUGCUGAUUGUGGGAAGAGUUGCACGUGUUUAGCGAAGCUUAAAAUCCACCAGCGCAGUCACACAGGAGAGAAGCCUCAUCCCUGCUCUGAAUGUGGGAAGAGAUUCACAGAGUUAGGUAAUCUUAAAGUCCACCAGCGCAUUCACACCGGAGAAAAACCUUACCAGUGCACAGAGUGCGGGAGGUGUUUCACAAAGUUCGGAAAUCUUCAAUCACACCUGCGCAUUCACACAGGAGAGAAACCUUAUCAGUGCACGGAGUGUGGGAGGAGUUUCACAAUGUUACAAAACCUUAAAAGACACCAGCGCUUUCACACGGGAGAGAAGCCUUACCACUGCACCGAGUGUGGGAGGAGUUCCAGUAAUUUAUCAGACUUUAAAAAACACAUGCGCAUUCACACAGGGGAGAAGCCUUAUCGCUGUGCGGAGUGUGGAAAGAGUUACACAUAUUUGAGUUCCUUGAAAACCCACCAGCAGACUCACAAAAAGAGAAAUCUUCUCAAUGCAGUGAAUGCUUGAAGAGUUUCACGUGUCAGACCUUAACCCUUUGCGGUCCUGUGUCGGACCAGGUCCGACAUUACAAUUUUCCCUUUCCAAUCUGACGUCAUCAAAA